GGUUGGCAGCCGCCGGCGUUGUGCCGCGUUUCCAAGGGGAAGGGAGCGCGGCGGGGCUGUGUGGAGGGUCGGGUCGGGUCGGGUCGGGUCGGGUCCGGUCCGGUCCUGCCCUGCCCGCCGCGGCCCGGCAGCAGCAUGAGCUUGGCCUUGAGGAAUGAGCUUUCAGCAGACAAAACUAAAAAGAAGAAAAGAAGAGAACUGACUGAGGAACAGAAGCAAGAAAUUAAAGAUGCCUUUGAGUUGUUUGAUACAGACAAAGAUAGAGCAAUAAAUUAUCAUGAAUUAAAGGUGGCAAUGAGAGCCUUGGGUUUUGAUGUGAAAAAAGCUGAUGUACUGAAAAUACUUAAAGAUUAUGAUCGAGAAGCGACAGGCAAGAUCACCUUUGAAGAUUUUAAUGAAGUUGUGACAGACUGGAUAUUGGACAGAGACCCACAAGAAGAAAUACUCAAGGCAUUCAAAUUGUUUGAUGAUGAUGACUCUGGUAAAAUAAGUCUGAGAAACCUGCGCCGAGUUGCUAGAGAAUUGGGUGAGAAUAUGUCUGAUGAAGAACUACGGGCUAUGAUUGAAGAAUUUGAUAAGGAUGGAGAUGGAGAAAUCAAUCAAGAAGAGUUCAUUGCUAUUAUGACCGGAGAUAUUUAGCAUUAGAAGAAAAGAAAUGAACUCAGCACAAAAGGGAGGAGUCAUGGGCAGCUUCCAUUACAAUGUUUUGUACUUCCAUUCAUUUCUGUAGCUGGAGUGAUGCAGAAAAUUACUUUCCUCACAGGACCAAAAUAAAGACAGGUUAUAUGCACUGAUAGUUUGGUACUUUGUAUCAUUAAAUAUUAUCAGUAGAAUAAUUGAUUUAUCAUUUUAGAACAAGUAAUGCUGCAUUUCAGAAUGUUUGACUACUCAUUUGUACAAUAGCUUUGUAUAAGAUUUCUAAAUUGUAUCAUAUUCUAAGAACCUUUUGAGGUUGACUUUGUGUUAGCAUUAGCUGUGGCCUUAGUCUUGAUACAUAAGGUUUGACAAACUUCCAUUUCAAUAAAAUGUUCUUUACUA